GAGCGCUGAGUUUGACAGGGAUAUAACAACCGUUGAACUUGACACAAGUUUGCCUGUUACACCUUAAACUGCACUAAAACCGACUUUGAGGACCCCAAGCUGUCACUUUCAGGCAAUCAUGGAGCGCUCCAAACAGAAACAAAUGAAUCAAGAUGAGAAUGAAACAGAUGCCGCGAUCAAUGGACACUUUGACGGACGGGUGAAGAUUCCCGGAUGGAGCGCCGUUGGUGGUGGCGGUGCCGCCGGGAGCCAGAGCAGCACCGUGCCGUCCUCCAGCGUGAUGGAGAGCUGGAGGGAAGAACGCACUCGAAGUCUGGAAGACAAUGAAAUUAGCCUGCCGAGCAUCGCCGCGGCUUACACCAAUAUUCUCAAGGGGCUCGGGGAAGAUCCGCAGCGGCAGGGACUGCUCAAAACUCCGUGGAGAGCCGCCACUGCCAUGCAGUUCUUCACCAAGGGUUAUCAGGAAAAAAUCAUCGAUGUCCUGAAUGAUGCAAUCUUUGAUGAAGACCAUGAUGAGAUGGUGAUCGUGAAGGAUAUUGACAUGUUUUCCAUGUGUGAACACCAUUUAGUUCCCAUUUUUGGCCGGGUGCAUAUAGGUUACCUUCCAAACAAGAGGGUUCUUGGUCUGAGUAAAUUAGCAAGGAUUGUUGAGAUAUACAGCAGGAGAUUGCAAGUUCAGGAGCGUCUAACCAAACAGAUUGCAGUCGCCAUCACUGAAGCGUUAAAGCCUGCUGGUGUCGGGGUGGUCAUUGAAGCAACUCACAUGUGUAUGGUUAUGCGAGGUGUCCAGAAGAUGAACAGCAAGACUAUGACCAGCACCAUGCUGGGCGUUUUCCGUGAAGACCCCAAGACACGAGACGAGUUCCUGACCCUGAUCCGGAGCUGAGAGGGUCCGUGUUCGUUCUCCACUGCCAAAACACUCUGACCAGCCCUCUUCUCAAACGCUUCAAAGGAGUCAUCUCUGGUUCUGCCUCCGGACGAGGCACUGCUGCUGUGUAACAUAGUGUCCCACCCACCUCUGGGAUGGUCACGUCGGUAACACCGUCUAUUCUGUAUCAUGUGUGUCUAUGUGUCUGUGUGUUUUGUGCACGUUAAGUCAGUAGAGCUAUGGGAGCCUCUAUUGACGGGACUGUGGCUAUUACUGUUACAUGGAAGCAUUGUGUUUUGAAGGACGUCCUAAAUUAGCACAAUUUGACCUCACUAAACUGACAAACACCAAACCAACCGAAAAUUUGUUUACAUCUCUUUCCGGUUGGGUCACAUUUGCGCUCUAUUAAACGCAAUUGAGCUGCUUGAGAAACGCAACAAAGUGUUUUUAUUUUCUGAAUAGGGAGGUACGUGUCAUUCUGAGUAUUCAGUUUUACUCUUUUAACUACACAAUAGUACUGGUGAUGUGCUGAAUAUAACCACUAAAUGAUUACCAAUAUUCAUACACCUUGAUAUUUACAAGGUACUUCAGAGAUUAUCAUGGUAUUAUUAUGGUCCAAAAAGAACAUAGUAUUACAAAGCGGCACUUUUUAUAAGUGAAUAAAUCCAGAUCGGUUUUAUUGUUGUUUUACUAUGUGCUGAAAACAUAUUAUGGCUGUGUUGUCUUAAAAUGUAAUAUUUAAUAUAAUGUGUCCUGUGCAUCAGUUAAUAAUUGUGCCCUGACCCAAAUUAUCAUUUGCUCUUAAAAGGAUAGUUCACCCAAAAUUGCAAAAUGUCCAUAUUUAUUCACCCACGUUUACCUUAACCCUGACAUGAAAUAAUAGUAGGAUAAAAUCUCUAUAUAUAUUUUUAAUGGAGCCAUUUAUUGAAGAUUGUAUUUUAUUUUUAUUGAGAGUUACAUUAGAUGUAUCAAGAUUUUCUGGGUCAUAUAUUAUGAAAUAUAGUUCCCCUAUAUUAUACUAUAUGAGCCAUAAAAGCCAGGUGUAUUAAAUAUAAUACAAUAUAAAUAUAUGAUAUACAAUAUACAAAAUAAUACGAUAUACAAAAAAAAAAAAUGUAUUUUUGCAAUGGAGCCAUUUAUCAAAGCUUUUUUUUUGUGUUAUAUUUAAGUGUUAUAUUUAAUAUAUCAGGCUUUUAUGGCUCAUAUAGUAUAAUAUAGGGAAUAUAUAUAUAUAUAUAUAUAUAUAUAUUGUGAUGGUGCCAUUUAUUGAAGCUUGUUAUCAGGCUGUUAUGACUCAUGUUGUAUGAAAUAUGGAUUUUAUAUAUACAUAUAUAUAUGUAUCUGUGUAUAUAGAGAAUAUGUAAAUAAAUAUAAUACUAUAUAUAUAUAUAUAUAUAUAUAUAUAUAUAUAUAUAUAUAACAUUUAAAAAAAAUUAUACUUUUUUUGUGAGUAUUAUAUUUGACACAUCUGGCUUUUAUGGCUCAUAUAAUAUGAUAUAAGGAUAUAUAUAUAUAUAUAUAUAUAUAUAUAUAUAUAUCUCAAUUUAAAAAAAAUUACCCUUACUUGGUUUUGUUGUCCUGAGUUACAUAUAUAUCUUUGAAAAAUGAUGUUUAAAUUGUUAGUUUUAUGAUCAAACCCCUAUAGCUUUAAAAAAUAUAAUUUAGUGCACUACAAUGAUGAUAAAAAGAUAUAUAAAUAAAAGUUCCUCAAAAGCCUGAUACAUCAUAGUGAUAACCACAUUUUAAUGUGAUUUUUCUUAAUAUAAAAGGAAAAGAGAAAGAAAGAAAUUUAAAAAAUGUAUGGAUAAUCAAGUAAACCUAAGUCACUUUAGUCCAGUAGUUUUUUUUUUACUUAUUAAAAAAGUAUCUAUUAAUCAGACAAUUUAUUGUAACAACAAAAACAUCCAUUUUUCAGCAGAAGAAAGAAAGUCAUGCAGAUUUAAAAUAACAUUAGGGUGAGUAAAUGACCAAAUUUGCAUUUUGGUGCACUGUCCCUUUAAAUGUUCAUUUGAGCUUAUUAUUGACUGUAUUUACAUGUUUUGUGCACCACUAUUAUUUUAUGUUUGAAAUGAGCUGUUGAGUCUGAUGUGUUGGAUGUUCUGUGAUGACGUGAUAACCAGCUCCAGCCUUCUGAAUGUCCUGUCUGUUUGGCUAUCAAUGUUGUUUACACUCUGAAGGUCGUCUUUAAUUUGUUAGAAAAAAGACCAAAGGUGAAAGGUACAGUCGAGGUCUACGUAAUAUCUGAUUUUGCACAUUGUGGGGAUUGACUUACAGCAUGAAGAAUACAAAACAUAGCUGUAGUGGUAAAUGUGAUCUUUGUAAUUCAAAUAAGAUGGAAUCCAACUAAAAGAUAUUUUAAGAUUCUACAUUUGUAGAGCAUAUUUUGUAUUUUUCCUUUGAUGCAUGUUUACCUGUUCUUGGGUGUCUACGAUGUGUUUUUGAGUUAAGGUUUUAGACUAUAUACAUAGGGAUCAUUGUAGAAAAUUGUAUUAAUCUCAACUGACGGAUACUGUGGAUUUACUGAUACUGUUGUAUUGCCUGUGUGGUGACCUUUUUUUUUUAUUCUAAAACAUUGAGGUGUUCAAUGUCACAAUCAUGUCAUAUCAGUGGAUUCAUUAUGAAAAUGAGCACUUGAUAUUGAGAACUGGGUGUUAUUCAUGUGGCCUUCUUUAAACGAAAGACUCAGAGAGCCUUUCAAAUACUUUACUAUUGAUGUUUGUCAUCAUUUUCAGCUUAAAAUAAUAAAAAUCUUGGGUAAAAUA